AUGGUGCAGAAGUCUCGAAACGGUGGCGUGUUCCCCGGAGCGCAGGCCGACCAGAAGAAGCUGAAAGUCGGCUUCGUGGGUCUGGAGGCCGGGGGGACCGACUCCAGCAGGGACGGAGCGCUGCUCAUCGCAGCCGAAGAAGGACCUCGGCGUCAGCGCAGCAGCGUGUCGGGGGGCAAGAAAGCUCCCAAGAGGAACGCCCUCUACAGGCGGUUGCAGAAUUUCCUCUACAACGUUCUGGAGAGGCCCAGGGGGUGGGCCUUCAUAUACCACGCUUACGUGUUUCUGCUGGUCUUCUCCUGCCUGGUCUUGUCUGUCUUCUCCACCAUUCGAGAGUACGAGAAGAGCUCAGAGGAUGCGCUCUACAUUCUGGAGGUGGUGACCAUUGUGGUGUUUGGCGUGGAGUACACAGUGCGCAUCUGGGCGGCAGGCUGCUGUUGCCGAUAUCGAGGGUGGCGAGGCAGACUCAAAUUUGCCAGGAAGCCCUUUUGCAUCAUCGACAUCAUGGUGCUGAUCGCGUCUAUCUCGGUGCUGGCGGCGGGCACGCAGGGAAACGUGUUUGCCACCUCGGCCAUCCGCUCACUGCGCUUCCUUCAGAUUCUGCGCAUGAUCCGCAUGGACCGCCGCGGGGGCACCUGGAAGCUCUUGGGAUCGGUCGUCUACGCCCACAGCAAGGAGCUGAUCACAGCCUGGUACAUCGGCUUCCUGUGUCUGAUCCUGGCCAGCUUCCUGGUUUAUUUGGCUGAGAAAGAAGACAACGAACAAUUUGAGACGUACGCCGACGCCCUCUGGUGGGGACUGAUCACGCUGACCACCAUUGGCUAUGGCGACAAGUUCCCCAUCACCUGGAACGGUCGCCUGCUGGCGGCCACGUUCACUCUGAUCGGCGUAUCCUUCUUUGCUCUGCCAGCUGGCAUCUUGGGUUCUGGCUUUGCUCUCAAGGUCCAAGAGCAGCACAGACAAAAACAUUUCGAGAAAAGACGAAACCCAGCAGCUGGACUCAUCCAGGCUGCAUGGAGGGUUUACGCCACAAAUCUGAGUCGAUCCGAUCUGACAUCCACGUGGGACUACUAUGAGAGGACCGUGUCUGUCCCCAUGUACAGGUUAAUUCCGCCCCUCAACCAGUUGGACUUGCUGAGGAAUCUCAAAAACAAGUCAGGACUGUCAUUCAGGAAGGACGUGCAACCAGAACCUUCUCCCAGUCAGAAGGUGAGUCUAAAGGAGAGAGUCUUCUCAUCUCCACGCAGUUCAGGAACCAAAGGAAAAGGUUCCCCUCAACAUGUGGUCCCGGUGGUUGGUCCAGGUGUGGCUCCUGGAGUUCCUGGUGUCCCCGGGGGUGUUCAGGCCCUGCGCCGCUCUCCCAGCAUAGAUCCGUGUCUAGAAGACAGUCCCAGUAAGGUUCCUAAGAGCUGGAGCUUUGGUGAACGCAACAGAACCAGGCAGGCCUUCAGGAUCCGAGGAGCUGCAUCUCGCCAGAACUCUGAAGUGCUCAUAGAGAUGCAGGAUGAAGAGUUCAGACAGAAGAGCUCGCCAGACGCUAGCCUGCCAGGAGAAGACUUGGCCGAUGACAACAAGAGCUGCCACUGUGAGUUUGUCCCGCAAGAUUUGACACCCGGCAUCAAGGUCACCAUCCGAGCCAUCUGUAUCAUGCGCUUCAUGGUGUCCAAGAGAAAGUUUAAGGAGAGUCUUCGUCCCUAUGAUGUCAUGGAUGUGAUUGAACAGUAUUCAGCAGGACACCUGGACAUGCUUGCACGCAUCAAGAACCUUCAGUCCAGGGUGGACCAGAUUGUGGGCAGGGGGACACCAAUUGCAGACAAGGACCGACCAAAAGCUGCUGGGGAGGAACUCCCCGAGGACCCCAGCAUGAUGGGACGCUUGGGGAAAGUGGAGAAGCAGGUCCUGUCUAUGGAGAGAAAGUUGGACUUCCUUGUUAAUAUCUACAUCCAGCGAAUGGGAAUCUCACAGACUGAGACGGACGCCUACUUUGGAUCCAAGGAACCAGACCCUGCGCCACCUUACCACAGUCCAGUGGACCAGCUGGAGAAAAGCCAGUCUAUACAAAAGAUCCCUCAAGUGUUGCCUGGAGACAAUGUGGAUAAGAGUCAUUUUGGGACCAAGAUGGUCAGGUCCAGUAGUUCGACUGCUCCCCGGAACCACAAUGCCACCACCUGCCCCCCCUCCACUUCCUGGCAGCCAAUCAGUUCCCAGUUCCAUCAACAGGCCCCACCUCUCCCCCAGCGUAGCCACGGGAACACCCCAAGUCCGGUGGGGGAUGGGUCGCUGGUUCGACUUCCACCGCCGCCAGCCGGAGAACGACACACCGGGAAUCGGGCCAACCGCCAUAGUACCGGAGAGAAAGGGGGGGCUGAGAAAGCGGAGAGAGGGGCUGCGGAAGGAGGGGGUGCAGGGGAAGAGGAGGAGGUCAAGCCCGACAGCGACCGCUCCUUGUCCAUCCCCUCUGUGGACCAUGACGAACUGGAGCACUCCUUCAGCGGGUUCUCCAUCUCACAGUCCAGAGAGAACCUGGACUUCCUCAGCAACAGUUUCUACUCAUCCGCCAACCUGGCGUCUAACCUCGGGGGACCAGCAGGGGCCUCCUGCUGCCCUACCAUGAGACCCUACAUUGCAGAAGCCGAGUCAGACUCAGACUCGGAGCUCUGCGCACCCUCGCCGCAUUCAGACCGUGCCUGGACCGGAACCAAGUAGAGUCCAGUGGAAACCAGGUAGAACCAGCAGAACUCCAAAAUAAAUACAUGAAUAAGUAAUAAUCAGAGAAAUGUGAAAA